AUGUCAACUAGCCCAGUUCGUCACAUUGCAGUAUGGACACACCAACGGAGUAUGUCAACAGCUCUAUUACAGUGGUUUGCUGGAAGAGGAGACACGAAAACAUUUUUAGAACCGUUUCUCGUUCCAUUGACGAAUGGAAUCGUCAAUGACCCAAUUAUUAAUGAUGUUGAAUACCAGGAUGUUAAAACUAUGCUCGAAUCAGAUUAUCCAGGACAUAACAUCGUUAUGUUCAAAGAGAUGGCACAGUACGUGAGUGCAAGAUACGAUAAAAUACCCGAUGGGUAUACACACACGUUCCUGAUACGAGAUCCAAAUCAAAGCAUUCACAGUUAUUGGAAAAUUGCAGAACGCAAACCAGAUCCUAGAUUCGGACUCGCUAGUUUGAAACCAGUGUUCGAUUUGUACCAAUAUGUGACUCAAGAACUGAAGCAAACAGCAGUUAUCAUCGAUGCUCAUGAGCUAUCACAUCACCCGGAGGUCAUGCUGAAAACCUAUUGUCAAUCGGUCAAUAUACCUUUUCGAGAAGAGAUGUUGAGCUGGAAACCAGCAAUUAUUGAUGGAUGGCAUCCGAACCUAACGGAUUACCUAGACACCAAUCUUUGGUUCGGUAAAGCGCUUCAAAGUACCAGCUUUGAACCGCUAUCUGAGAAUGAUUAUACUCAUGAAUUGUCCUCUAUACCAGAAGCAGGACGGGAUGCUUUAGAAGAAUCGAGACAGGUUUACAAAUUCUUGUACGAGAGACGUUUGAAGCCAUCUGUGUUACUAUGUGAAGAGACUGACGAAUAG